AUGUCGAAACCGCAAGGUCUUGGCAUUACGACCAAUUCGAUGGCGUAUCCAGAUACAAGGAACCACUCAGCUAGAAGAUAUCAAUAUAUCCCUGUUUCAAUUGACCACACUCAACAUCCUGGUUCUCAAAGCAUCCGCGGAGAAAAUAAUCCCUCAGUCGGACCUUCUCAUCAAUCAGGUUCCUCAAUUAACGUCAGUAGCCAUGUCCCAUCUAAUCGAGGACUCGAUAUCUCCGGCGAUAACAUCGCACACUCUGGAGCUAGGCGCUCACAUGACAAGUUGCCCAGCCUCUACAAAUUUUUUAGUAUUGAAGCACCGCUUCAGUCCCUUGGCUCUCCUAGUACUUCUGCCGUUCCUCGGCAGUUCAAGGCUCGGCAUUCAAUUCCCUACGACGGCCCUUCGUCAUCCAAGAAUGCUUUAUACACUUCGAUUGAUGGAUCUCGCCCAGGCUCUUCAAGCUCGACUAUCCAAUACCCUUCUUUGCCGAAGCCCGCUCCACGUUCCUCGGUUGAUGCCGAUGUCCCAUCCGAACCCACUUCUCAGAUAUUUCUAACAAAAUCGGAAAGAAGCGAUAAAGUAAGUCCAAGAGUUUUCGGCGAUAUGUAUAAUCGCAUGAUGAACGACUUCAACAUGUUGAGGAUCUGUCUCCUUGGGUUUGCUACUGCUCAUCCUGAGAGCUACUCCUCAGAGGUAGCCGCGUAUCUUUCAGUUACCGAAGCAUUCGCCCACCAACUCUUCUUAUCCGAACGUCGCAUGUCCCAGUUGCCUUUCUCAAAGCGCGAGCGUGAAGAUCUCGUGCCGAUUUAUCAUUCUAUUUAUAGCUCAUACCAUGGAUUGGACAUUGGGAAUGGUAGUUUUAUUCGUCACUUCGUCCUUCACGCUAUCAAGAUUAUGCGACAGGACAUUCGAACCAUUGAGAAUCAUGAGCUUUUCCAAGACGCCAGAAAAAAGAGAAAGCCACGCUAUACCCAAGAGGAAGACUUCGACCCAACUGGGAAUCGUAUCGCCUUUGACUGUGAACUCCGCAAGCUUGAGCAAGAGUUGAGAGGUAUUGUUGGUCCGUUUUCGGAAUCGGAUGCUAUGUUAUAUUGGCGAAAACAACCAGGUAACUAUGCUGGGCCUUUGAUCAAAUCGAAAUCUGCAUCUGAAGCGAUGAACACCGAAGCAGGCUCAAUGGCUUUCACGAAGAUGUUGAAAUCUAGUGAUAGGUCUCGAGAAGGUGGUUCAGAUACUCAAAUUUACGGUACGCAUGAAGAUGGCGUUCACGACGUCAAGAUGAUGCGCGAGACAGAAACCAAAAAGCGCUUUAUUACCGUUCAUCUGAAGAAUUUACAAUCCACACUAUUUCGUUUUCUAUGCAGCAUCUUCCUCGUUAGCUUAUCCCACGACUUGAUCAAUUUUUGGACCAAGACCGCAGAAGAAAAUCCAUUGCCCGACCUGCCUAUUCGAAAUCUCAUACCAGCUAUACGAGAGGUAAAACACAUGAUCAUGGAUGACAUUCGAGAAAUCUCAACGGAAGACCUAGCAAAUAUCCGCCAAAGAUGGACUGGUUCAGUUUAUAUGUACCAGAGUAAAUGGAGACAGGCGGUUGAAGAUCGCGCUGCAAUUGAGAGAGAACUUCAAGGUUUCGAGAAGCAACUAGAUCUUUUUGAUCGAGAGUGGAACAAUCAAAAUAUCCAUUCGUCGUCACAGCCUGUGAAGUUCGUCGCCGCCGACUUCAAGAACCUCAAGUCUCUAGUAGAGAAUAACAUGGAGACACUGAAAGAGAUGUUUCCAGAAUAUCCAUCUCUUGAAAAGGCCAUUGAUUCGGCACUGAGAAUGGAGUUUCCAGACUUGCAAUCUCUUGAUCAGGAUAUUCUUUUGUCGGAAAUGCUUGACUUCCUCACCCUUCACAAUGAAGACCAUCACCUCUCAACUGAUAUACCUUCUACAGACAAUUUAAAUAUCUCGCAGGCCGCCGUGGAGAACGAUGCUUCUUCCAUCACAUUCGGAACUCACGAGGGAAAUUCCUCACCCCCAGUUUUUAUCGAGCAAGUCGAGGAAAUUGACACUUCACUUCAAGCCACAACUGGAUCUGGAUCUGUAUCCCUGGUUUCUGUUGAGCUGGCUGAGAAAUUCGAGAACAUCGAAGCUCCACUCCCAGUCACAUCUGAACCUACAUCCCCAUCUUUAGCCCGUAGCGACUCUCCAACAAUUGGCCACAAAUUUUCACACCGAGAAAUUGUAGGUAUUAUUCCAGCCAGCCCCAGCCCCAACCCCAGCCCUUCUCUCAGCCAAUCCAGCCUUGAGCCAGAAGAAUCUUUCGGGUCCAAGAGUCCCGAGCUACUACACACCGAAAUCCACCUAACUCGCACAUGGGAACUCAUCCAGAGAAUCCACGAACUGCAAGCUCUGAUCGAACAUUCCGAACAUGAUCCUGUAUCAACAUCAAAUAUUCUCCAUCCUUCUCACCAGCUAAUGGAAGACUGGAAGAUGGAGAGAGAGCAAAUAUUGAUGCGAAAUGAGGUGAUUCGCAAACAGCUGAAUCUGGAGGGACGUCCGGGACAGCGGUUUUUGGAGAGGGCUAUAGCUGUUUGUGAUGAGGAUUUUGUGAAGCUUUUACAAAUACCUGUGCGUGAUCGUUCUGGGAAUAUUGCUCAGGUCGCUGAAAGAGAAAUGUUGGAGGUUGAGAAUGACGGGAUAGUUAAGGGUAAAGGAAAGGUAGUUGAGCUGUAUGCUGAGAGUGAAAAUGAUUAUGACUCAGAUGAAUGGUCCAUGCUUAGUGCAUAG